AUGAACUAUACAGAUUCGAAUGGUUUGCCCGAUUCGAUCUCAAUCGCAGAAUAUCUGUUCCACAGAUUAAAACAACUUCAUAUAGAGACGAUCUUUGGACUCCCGGGAGCUUUCAAUGCUACACUGCUAGAUAAAUUGAAUGAAAUUCCGGGUCUACGAUGGGCAGGUAACACUAACGAACUGAAUGCUGCGUAUGCGGCAGAUGGUUACUCGAGACUCAAGGGUCUUGGUUGUAUUAUCACUACGUUCGGUGUUGGGGAACUCUCGGCUAUCAAUGGUGUAGCUGGUUCUUUCGCAGAACAUGUUGGACUGUUACACGUAGUUGGUAUGCCACCAACAAGCGCACAGACGAAGCAAUUACUCUUACAUCAUACUUUGGGCAAUGGAGAUUAUAAGGUGUUUCAUAGGAUGGCUAGUGAAGUUACUUGCUACUCCACGGUGAUCAACGAUAAGGACUUGUGUGGUGACGAAGUGGAUGACUGUAUCGCCAAGGCUUGGACUCUACAAAAACCCGUAUAUAUGGGUAUACCGGUUAAUUUAGUUGACACAUCGGUCAAUUCACAGAGAUUAAAUACUGCAUUAAAUUUAAAUCUGCCGAGCAACGAUGAACAAACAGAAAAUGAAUUGGUCAAACAAAUUCUACAACAACUUUAUAAAUCAAAGAAUCCGGUUAUAAUUGCAGAUGCAUGUGUAACAAGGCAUCGGAUCGUACCAGAGACUGUAGAGCUCUGUCAAAGAACAAAUUUCCCGAUCUUUGCCACUCCAAUGAGUAAAGGUGCCAUAGACGAAACUCUACCGAAUUUUGGUGGUGUCUUUAUGGGGUCGAUAUCUUCACCUGAGGUGAGAGAAGUGGUAAAUUUUGCAGAUUUUUUAAUCGUUAUCGGUUGUAUGCUUUCAGAUUUCAGUACAAGUUCUUUCCACUUCAAUUACAAGACCAAAGAAUGCGUUCUGCUGUAUCCGACAUCGGUGAAGUUUAAGCAUGCGAUCUAUCCAGAUUUGCGAAUUAAAUCACUAAUGGCAAACUUACUGCGAAAUUUGAACGAAUCCAAAAUCAAGUAUCAGAGUCAACCCACGCCGCAGAUGAUUAUACCGAGAUCAGAGUUACCUAGUCGGCACUCUCUGAGACACGAAUGGGUUUGGAACCAAAUGUCACAUUGGUUUCAAGAGGGAGAUAUUAUUAUCACCGAAACAGGUACAUCCGCAUUUGGUAUCAAUCAAACACAUUUCCCACAUAGCUCCCGUGGUAUAUCCCAGGCGCUUUGGGGAUCUGUCGGUUACACCUUGGGUGCUUGCCUGGGAGCAUCUUUCGCAGCCAACGAAAUGGCCAGGGAUCAGGUUACCGCAGUACCGCAUAGAGUUAUCCUGUUUGUCGGUGAUGGUGCCUUCCAAUUAACCGUACAAGAGGUCUCUACAAUGAUCAGGUGGGGGCUCACACCAUACAUCUUUGUCAUGAAUAACCAAGGUUAUUCCGUCGAUAGGUUCUUACAUCACAGAUCAAACGCAAGUUACUACGACAUUCAGACGUGGGAAUAUCUGCGUCUCAUCCCGCUCUUUGGUGCUAGGCAUUACGAAACAAGGAAAAUAGUCACCGUGGGUGAUUUCCUCGAGAUGAUUCACGAUCCACUCUUCGCUACCAACGACAAGAUACGAAUGUUGGAAAUUAUGUUACCACCAAUGGAUGUCCCACAAGCGCUGAUGGACAGAUGGCUCACCGAACAAGAAAACAAAAAGAGAGCAGCUGAAGAAUCAGAUGGCUACACGCCCAAUUCAGAGGCUAGUUCUAAGAAGUUUUGCUCUGACGACAUAUCACCAGCUAAUUAA